CUCUCCAAACCAAUCAUGAUGAAUAUACAGGAAGUGGACCUCUCCAAGGCACCUCCCACUCUGGACUUAGAGCUUCACAUUCUGUCUCUGAGUGAGGAUGACGGAGUCACUCAUUUCCAUCCGUCCCUCUAAAGAAGAGGAUGCCUGGGACUUUUAACUAAUAAACCGUAAGAAAGAGGAGAUGAAGAAGGAUUAAAAAUUGUUGUGAAACUAGAAACUCCCGCUGACGCUGUUAUGAAGCCUGGACUAUAAACGAAGUACAGAAAGCCUUUAAUGAAGGCGCGCAGCGGACCGUAACUUCCUUCGCCGUGAUGAAGUUGUGUAACCGGGGAGCGCUGAUGCUGGUCACCACGGCGUUAUCCUUCAUAGCGUUCAGCCUGAUGACCAUCGCAGUGGGAACGGACUACUGGCUGUACUCCCGGGGCGUCUGCCGGUCCAAGACGUCGCUCCAUGACAACGAGACCAUCCGCAAGAACGAGGUGGUGAUGACUCACUCCGGGCUCUGGCGCACCUGUUGUCUCGAAGGGACGUUCACAGGGGUGUGUAAAGAAAUUGAUUAUUUCCUCGAGGAUGCAGACUAUGAGCAGGAUGCUGCAGAAUACCUACUGAGAGUCUGUGUGGCCGGCAGCGAGUUCUACAAGACACAACACAACGUCAUGCUCAGCGCUGGCAUACUGUUCGUCUCCGCAGGACUCAGUAACAUCAUUGGCAUCAUCGUCUACAUCUCGGCUAACUCUGGUGACCCGGGUCAGAGCGACAGUAAGAAGAGUUACUCCUACGGCUGGUCUUUCUACUUCGGGGCGUUGUCCUUCAUCUUGGCUGAGAUGGUGGGCGUUCUGACAGUACACGCCUUCAUAGAGCGCCACCGAAAGCUCCGGACCCGCGGCCGCCGUUCCUUCACCAAACACGCUCUGUUCCGCUCCGCGUCCUACUACAGCCGCUACAACCGCUACAGACGCCGCUCCAGUUACCGCGGCAACGUGGACUACCGUCACUCGCUCUCGUCGGCGGGGCAACUGCGACCUCGCGACCACUCGCCGUUGCCGGUGGCCCUGUCCGUGUCAAAGGUUGUCGCCGCGGGGCCGGAGUUGGCCUCGCACAAACUAACGCCGCCCGACAACAAGAUGGCAGCCGCUGGAGGAGGAGGAGGAGGA